CAAUUCAGCCGAAAUGCAACGGCUGACAAACUUUAGCCAGUGUCAAGUUAUACCGAAUCAACCUUCCCAUCUAAACAUUCCACAAUUCCCCGAAAAUGCUCUUAGUUCUACUGCUAUACUGACUCCAACUUCUCCAUAUUCCACAUAUAGUUCACCUGUUACUUGUCAGUAUACUCUCUCUCCUAGUUAUAAGUUGGUUUCCAACAGUGCGAAAGAUUUCAACUCGCAAGCGGUCGAUAUCUCAGAUAUUGCCUCGUAUAUUGACACCCCAAACUCCAUAUUUGAUGAAGUUGGAACACCGAUUUAUGGAAACACCGUUGCUAUGAAAGGUGACAUCUUCAAAUUCGAACCAGAGGACAUCGAACGUCUAAAAAAGACUUGUGAAUUUAACGACAACAUUGAUGUCGAAUACUUCAAUUACGACGAAAUCAAUUGCCAAUCGAAAAACCAAUCACCAUGUUCAUCACCAUCUCUAGAUCCCUGGCUGGCAUUAAAUCUUCACGACUCUCCGACAGUAACCUCACCAAAAUACCACAAUGUCGAGAAUAACCAUAUGGAAGACGUACAAGAAAUUCAAAAGCUACCCUCAAUCACAAGCACUUUCGGCUCACACAUCAGUCCCAAUUUGAGCAGAUACCAACCCAUGUCACUAGACAAUGCUGUAUCAACAUGUCAUACAUAUGAUUCCUACUCGCAUCCUCCUGAAAACUACAACAAUGAUUUCACCAGUCCUGAGAAGCCUAACAGAGAGCAUAAGGACAUUUGGACAAUUAAUGAUACCAAAGCGGCUAAUUGUGUUGUUGAAAUUGAAAAGAGUCUGAAACUAGAGACUGGCAUCAAUGUCGGAUGCAAUGUCGUCGGCAGUGGCAGUGAUAUUGCUGAAAUUAAGGACGAAACUUGCGGUCUGGAAUGUCAGUGGAUGGAUUGUAACGAGAUAUUUUCGAACCAGAGUAGUCUUGUGGCACACAUUGAAAAGCGGCAUGUUGAGUUGAAAAAAGGCGAGGAAUUCUCCUGCUUUUGGGUCGAAUGCCCGAGGAGAUAUAAGCCGUUUAAUGCACGAUAUAAACUGUUAAUUCACAUGAGAGUACAUAGCGGUGAAAAGCCAAAUAAAUGCCCGUUCAAUGGAUGUAAUAAAGCUUUCUCGCGGUUGGAAAAUUUGAAAAUUCAUCAAAGAUCUCAUACUGGAGAGCGACCUUAUGGCUGCCAAUAUGAAGGUUGUGUGAAGGCCUUCAGUAAUAGUUCAGAUCGGGCAAAACACCAAAGAACUCAUUACGAUACGAAACCAUAUGCAUGUCAAGUGCCAGGAUGUACGAAGCGCUACACAGAUCCAUCAAGCUUACGGAAGCACGUCAAAAACCAUUCGGACAGAGAUCAGGCAACCGUGAGGCGAAAAUCAGUGGCCCUUCGGAACCAGAGCAAUAAUGUAAAUCGUAAUCCGGAAAACUCCGUUUCCGCUAUGAAAAUACGCCGACAUUCCGAAUCAUCGGUUAUGGGUGACACAGGAACAGGAAGUUUUCAAUGCCCACCAUCGAUGUCGAUAGCGCUACCGAGAACCCCCCCUUCAGCUACAUAUCCUUGCCAAGGCAGUGAUUACUUUAUAUUCGAUGAUGUUUUCACCGAGCUCGUUGAUGCAAAUUCCACCAAUUCGACUUCGGCUAGUCAUCCUUCGUCUCGCUCCGUUCAAUCCAUUCAAGCAAGUGGAGGUAUUCAAAGUCUGUUCACCUCUAAUUGCAUCCAGGCCAAAUCGAAUCCACAAGAUGAUAAUUCCAAUAAUCUGCUUGGGUCACAGAUGCACGAUGACACCGGCCACACGAGUAAUAACUCGAUGAACUUUAAUGAGCUCUCCAACUGCAUUGUGACCAUUGAGAGCAAUCAAAUCUCGAAUCCAAUUGCAAUUGAAGUUGCUUCCCCGCGAUCUAACCGCGACAGUAACCACCCCCAUGACCGUGACUGUGACCAGGAUCUAUUUCAAAGCCAGCACACCAGCUCAUAUGAUACCGCAGAUAAUUUCACUAAUCAGCCGACUGAGCGAUUAUCAAUUAAUCAGGAUCGGGAGGAGGAGGAGUUUGUGUCAUUUGAAUAUGUGAAAAAGCUGCUUGCGGAGGAUAAUGGUGCCGCGAUGGACUAUCUGGACGAUGUUCAGCUUGAAAGCAAUUUUGAUAUGAACUAUUUAAAUGACAUAAUCUAGGUUUAGGGUGGAUUUGGUAUUCCGAGAUGCACUGUAUCGUGAAAGUGCGCUUCCAGCCAUCCUAAUUGCAGUCAUUUAUCUCGUUAAAAUUCAUAUUUUACUUUGAAAUGUCCACUGAAUAUGAUAAAUUUGUAAAUGGUGUGUCAGUGGGACCAGUUUAUUGAAGUCAGACGAAACAUCUAAUAAAUGGGAAAACGUUGCUUAGCAACAAUUAACAGGGAUGUCCGCCCUGCUUUAGACAGCGUUCAUCUGAAAAGUAACUUUUGUGAUUCAGUUUUGGAAAACAGGACGCUUUGUGAAUAGCAGCUCCGGAAUUCGGUCAUUAGUUCUCUCAUUAGGCUCUGAUUACAAUAUUGUGAACAAGAGUGGUGCAAUUAGCGCUGGCUUUGUCUGCUUGUUAAAAUGUGUUCGAUUAUGUGUAAUGUAGGUUUCAAAAACGAAAUUUAGGUGUGCCGCCAGCUCGUGCAAUAUUGCUUUGCAAUUACCGGAUUCAAUUUCAAUUGAAUUAGUUAUAUUGUAAUUUGAUACAAAGAUGCAAUAAGAGGAAGUAUAAUAAAAUUGUAUUAUUAAAGCAGAACGCAGUGAAGGUGUUAAUAAUGUAAAUAUUUGAUUAUUAAAUUGUGGAACUUUAAUUCUGGAUUUAUUGAUAUUAUAGAUUUAAGCGGAUGCAAAUGUGAAAAGA